AUGGAGACCACUCCAUCACCUCAUAAGACGGCAUUUGUGGCUGGAGGUGCCGGUGGACUUGGAAAGGCAUUCGCAAAGCUCCUGGCCGCACAAGGUGCUCAUGUGACAAUUUUUGGGCGUAGAAAGGGUCCAUUAGAGGAAGCUGUCAAGGAAAUAGAGCGGUCGCGCCUAAGUGACGCGCAGGAAAUCAGAUUCAUCGUUCUGGAUCUCUCCAAUCCCAGCCAGGUCGAUGCUGCCUUCAGAGAACAUGACCGGGUUCCUGAUAUGCUCUACUGCGUGGCCGGUGGAAAUCACGCCCAGAACGGAUUCUUCGUGGAUAUCACGGCGGAGCAGGUGAACGCUUGCAUGAAGAACAACUAUUACGCCACUGCGUAUCCAGCGAAGUCCGCUCUCGACAUCUGGAUUGAGGAUGACAAGAAAAAUAAGUGGAAGGCGAGUCCUCGAACUAAUGUUCGCCGAAUUGUCAUCAUAAGCAGCGCGGCCGCGUUUCUUGGGUUGCCAGGUUCAAUUGCCUACACACCCGCUAAGGCGGCUGUUCGAGCAUUGGCAGAUACCCUCCGGCUGGAGAUGUUGCGCUAUUCAUCGCCAGCGUCCAGGUACAGCGUCCAUAUCUCUUUCCCAGGCGACUUCAUAUCGCCUGGGUUUUAUCAGGAGCAGAACACCAAGACUGCUCUUACUAAAUCUAUGCAGGGGCUGAAAGGAUCCAUCGAGGACUUGGAAAAACAGUAUCCCUCGUCGGAAAAAGUAGCUUCACUGGUGCUUGAGGCUGUAAAGAAUGAGGAGUAUAUUAUCUGCCGGGAUUCGUUAGCUGCCUCGUUGCUUUUUACUAAUAUGGUAGGAGCUUCCCCAAAGAGAGGUCUUGGAAUCAUGGAUUCCAUCGUGGGUGUCGUAGUGAACUGGUUCAUCUGGCCAGUUUUGCGCCGUCACUGGGAGGGGAUGUGUAAAAGGGAUGGUGAACUAUGGAGACUUCAAGAAGAUAAAUAA